AUGAGGACGAAGGGGAGGAACGAGAGCUGCGAGGCUGCGCAGCCGUUUCUGAUCUUCGGCGUGGGCAAAGCGAUCCACAGGAUGGAGCUGGACGGCAGGAGACAGCGCCGCCUGGUGGCCGGAGCAGGAAGUGCCCUGGUCCUGGACUUUGACUACAGGGAGGAGACGCUGUACUGGGCCGACGCUCACUCUGGGGCCAUCUACAAAGCAGCGCUCGGGGCCCACAAACAGAGACUUUUCUCCUCGGACAAACCCGUCUCUGGUUUGGCGUUGGACUGGAUCGGGAAAAGGAUCUUCUGGACGAGCAGUGAGAAGGGAACGCUGCAGAGAGCGGAUCACGACGGGAAGCACCGGGAAACCGUCGUGCGGCGCCUGGUCAAGCCCUCAGACAUCGCCGUCGACCCCAACCAGAGGUUUCUCUUCUGGUUGAGCGGAGAGUCCAGUGUGCAGCGCUCCAAUCUGACCGGACACAUGAGAACAACCAUACUGAAAAGCAGAGAACACCUCAGGGCUCUGUCUGUGGACCAUCAAGACCAGAGACUCUUCUGGGUCCAGUCCAACCACCAGGACCAGAGCGUGAUCGGCUCCUGCGGCUACAGCGGCGAGGUGCUCCACGUCAGCGACCAGCCACUGGGUUCCUUCUCUUCAGGAAUCUCCAUCGUUUCCAGUGACCUGUUCUUCACGGACUCAGAAAGACGAGGAGUGAAGCGAGUGGAUAAAUACGGAGGAGAAGUUUAUAAAGUCAACAGGAAAAGUUUCUCCAAACCUUUGGUCGGGAUCAGAGUGGUUCAGAAACAGCCUCUGAGAGACACGGCUCCGGGCUCAGGCUGUGACAGACGCAGUGGGGACUGUGUGAAUGUGUGUGGUCCGACUGAGGACCAGGUCUGUGUCUGCAGCCCGGGGUUCUCUCUCAGUAAACAUGGAGACUACUGUGAAGAUGUAAACGAGUGCGCUCUCUGGAACCACGGCUGUUCUCUCGGUUGUGAGAACGUUCCAGGAUCUUACUUCUGCACCUGCCCCAGAGGCUACACCCUGCUGCCCGACCGCAAGACCUGCCAGGAGAUGGUGAAGUGUCCCGGAGGUGUUGUCUGUGGCAGUGGUUGUGUAGCGGUGGAAGGCAGACUGCAGUGUGUGUGUCCUCCAGGGUCAGUGCUGCAGGAGGACGCACAAACCUGCUCCGGAUGUUCGUCGUCAGACCGAGGCGGCUGCAGUCAGCUCUGUGUCUCUCUGAACUCCAGCUCUGACUCUGGGCAGUGGGAGUGCGGCUGUGCUCCUGGGUACCAGCUGCAGCCGGACGGGAGGCGCUGCACGGCACCAGGUCCUCCUCCUCUGCUGCUGGUGUCGUCUCUGGUCGACAUCCGGACGCUUCGCACUGAUGGUUCAGAGGAGCAGGUCCUGGUCUCUGAGUCCACGGGGAGGAUCUCAGCCCUGGACUACGACCCGGUCCAGAAGCAGGUGUACUAUGUGAGCUGGAGCCGCAGGACCAUAGAGAGAGUGAGUUUGGAGACGCACCAUCGUCACGUUGUGCUGUCGCUGGUCCAGGCUCAUGGUCUGAGCAUAGACUGGAUCCACCGCACCCUCUACUGGACAGACCAGAGCCGCUCGACGAUAGAGCGCAGUUCUCUGAGUGGACUGAGGAGAGAAACCCUGGUCAGAGACGGAGUUCACAAACCACAGGCUGUGGCCGUUCACCCUUCAGUCAAUCGUGUGUUCUGGACCGACGUGGGCCCGGUCCCCGCGGUCCUGGCCUCCUCUCUGGACGGGCAGGACCAUGUGGUGGUGGCGGACACAGACCUGGUGUCUCCGUGUGCUCUGUGUGUGGACUUCAGCUCAGACAGACUGUGGUGGAGCGACAGCAGCACAGGCCAAGUCCACAGCUCUGAGCUGGACGGGACGCUGAGGAGACGCCUGCCUCUGACGCAUGUAGCUCCAGUCUUCGGUCUGGCUGUGUGGGAGGACACACUGUGGCUGUCGGACCACCAGCAGCUGACCAGCGUGGACACUCGCACAGGGGACCAGGUGAGCCGCCUCCAGACCCACAUGGUCCGACCGGCUCACAUGGUCCUGCUGCAUCCACUCGCCAAACCAGAGGCCAACAUGUGUCUGGACCAUAACGGAGGCUGUGACCAUGUGUGUGAGAGCAGACUGGGACAGGUCCACUGCUCCUGUCUCCCUCACUAUACUCUGUCUGCAGACGCCACGCACUGCCACCAGGGGGAGCCACCCUCUGCAGACAACAACAAAACAGACAAAGAAGAAAUCACACAAACUACGACAGAGGCAGUGGUGACGGAGACCUCUGACCCCACGUCCGCUCUGACGGACAAGAUGGCGGCAGUGUGUGUGGACAGCAGGGGGCAGUGUCUGCGUCUGUGGACAGGGACUCACGUGUUCAGAGGUGGCGACAGAGAGGGAGACAGAGAGCCCAGAGGGAGCCCAGAGGAGACGGAGAAGGAGACAGAGAGAGAGACAGAGAGGAGCACAGAGGAGACGGAGAGGGAGACAGAGAGAGAGACAGAGAGGAGCACAGAGGAGACGGAGAAGGAGACAGAGAGAGAGACAGAGAGGAGCACAGAGGAGACGGAGAGGGAGACAGAGAGGAGCACAGAGAGGGCCACAGAGAGGGCCACAGUGAGCCCAGAGGUGGAUAACGUAACGACGGUGGAGAAGUGUCCGUCCAGCCACGACUCGUACUGUCUGUACCAGGGAGUCUGCUUCUACUUCCCCGACAUGAAGUCCUACGCCUGCAACUGUGUGUCUGGCUUCAUGGGAGAGCGGUGUCAGUUCAGUGACCUAGAGUGGAUGGAGCAGCAGCAGCAGCAGAAGAAGAAGAAGAACGUGACCAUAGCGGUCUGCGUUGUGACCCUCGUCUCCCUGAUCUCCAUCGCUGCCUGCGUCACCUACUGCUACGGAAAUCGGAGGUUGUUUAGAAAAUGUGCAGACGACAGCGUGAGUGAGAGCAGCGCGACGACGGAGACGGACUCUUCCAGCCUUCCACCGUUUUCCGUGAAGACCGAGCUGCCGCCGGUGUGGAGCUGCCCCAGACGAGCUGCGUGUCCGUCCUGCUCCUCAGAACCAGGCGAUCCGGGAAAUUCUGAACCGUCGGCCAAUCACAACAGAGGCUACGAGUGCUCGAUGUUCCAUGUUGUCGCCACGGAGACAGACCCGCCUCCCACCUGUCCGUCAAGUCCAAUGUCCUUCACCACAUUCAAACCUCAGCACUGA